GAUCUAAGCUCCCCGUAAUCUAUUUCCCUUCGCCGUCUCUGCUUAACACCUGCCGCAUCGGAGCAACGCUCGCCGUUAGAAGAGGCGUUCGUAAGUUGCGAUCUCACUUACAUGCGGGCGGAGUCAAGCUCCCGGCUAUGCAAAGAGGCCCCUGCCUAGACGAUGGCAUACCACGGCCUCUAACAGCUGCAGUCGCCUGUCCGGAUUCCAGAAGUCUACUACACCUGCCAAUAUAAUUAUGUGCAUUACAUCGCUAUAGAGUACAUCCCUGGCUAGACAAUGGGCCAAUUGGUGAAGGAACACCCCACUCGGAAACAGGACAUCUGCAACCUGGUUGCAUUUGGUCUUCAGGAGCUCCUACGUAUCCCUGUACCCCAAGAUUCUCGCCCGGCCGCAAUUGACGGAGUGCCAAUUCAGCAUUGUCUCUUUGAUGAUCACAUGGCUCCACUGGAAAACCAGAAUAUCUCCGAGCUAGAUACACCUAAACGAGGUGACUUGUGGAUCCGCAUUACUAGACAGUCGACACCGGCCAAGAACUUCGCCCAUGAGCCUAUGGUCUUCUGUUAUAGCGAUCCAUGGCCCGAGAAUUUCAUCCUUGAUCUGGACCGAAAUCUUGUUACCAUUAUCGACUUCGCCGUCGCCAGCAUCCUCCCAUCUAGCUUCGCGAAACAUGCCCUCUCGGCAAGGAAGAUUGAUGCGAAUUUGGACGACUUGGUAAAUGUCCCUAUCACCAAUGGGGUUGAUAAUUUGGAGGCGCUGUGUUGUGCUGGAGCCCUUAUAGUGCAGUCAGCGAGCUCGUUCGCGCCAUGUAGUCGACGAAUUCUCGGCAGACCAAAACCACCUAGGUACCAAUUACUAUCC